GUGCCUAUGAUGUGAUAACAGGCUUCUGUUUCCAGCACCACUGCACCACUUCACGGUCUGCAAACGUAUUAAAAUUCAUCGGAUCAAAUGAUGUUUAGGGUCUCCGAAGGUAUUUAAAAUUAUACAUUUUUGAAAAAUAUAGUUUCUGAUGGUGGCUGUGGGCACUUCGCUGCUACUUGUUUGGAAUAUACGCCUACCCGUCGCCGUUUACGGGUCGUUAUGAUUAUGGAAACCUGCUUUUUGAGUCACGUAGUCCUAACCCGUCUUUCUCUGUUGGUUCUCUUGGUCGUUCUGAGACCCCUCAAUGCGUGGAUUUACACCUCCAGGAGCAACGAUAUGGAUAGGGCACUGGUAACGGGGGUAUACUUCUCUCCCCGGGUUACUAACUCUGAAGAAAUAACUGCCAUAACUGCCUUACCAAAAUACUUGUUUACUACUCCGGCAACUUCUACGGACUUUAGGGAGGUAUCAUCACCAUCAUCUGGAACAGAACUCCACCACAGAGUCAGGCAUUCCGAUGAGAGUGAGACACGGGCGUUGAGUGAAGACAAAUUAGCCACUGAACAAAACAUACGUCUCUCCUCGGGCUCAACCAGUUGGACAUCAGAAGGGAACCUUGGUUUGUCGACGGAGCAGAGGAGCUCUACCAUUGUAGUGUCUACAGAGGCUACCACACAGUGGGAGGACAAGACCAGACUAACACCAGACCACCUACCAGAGGCCUACUCUGGGCUCCCAGCACAGCUCAGGGCUUUGACUGAAACAAAACGCUCAGUAGAACUUAGGUCUGUGUCUGUUACGGAAGCCAGACCACCUCAGGACAGCCCUGAUGCUGACAGCAGUCUCAGAGGGGACCAGUCCACAAACCGAGGUACUGUGGAUCUCAGAGAAGACCAAUCCACAACCCAAGGCACCGUGGGUCUCAGCGAGAACCAGUCCACAAACCAAGGCAUUGAGGGCCUCAGAGAGGACCAGUCCACAAACCGGGGUACUGUGGGUCUCAGAGAGGACCAGUCCACAAACCGGGGCACCUUGAGUCUCAGCGAGGACCAGUCCAAUAUCCGAGGCACCAUGGGUCUCAGUGAGGACCAGUCCACAAACCGAGGCACUGAGGGCCUCAGAGAGGACCAGUCCAAUAUCCGAGGCACCAUGGGUCUCAGUGAGGACCAGUCCACAAACCAAGGCACUCAGGGCCUCAGAGAGAACCAGUCCACAAACCGAGGUACUGUGGGUCUCAGAGAGGACCAGUCCACAAACCGAGGCACCGUGGGUCUCAGAGAGGACCAGUCCACAAACCAAGGCACUGAGGGCCUCAGAGAGGACCAGUCCACAAACCGAGGUACUGUGGGUCUCAGAGAGGACCAGUCCACAAACCGAGGCACCGUGGGUCUCAGCGAGGACCAGCCCACAACCCGAGGCACCAUGGGACUCAGAGAGGACCAGUCCACAAACCGAGGUACUGUGGAUCUCAGAGAGGACCAAUCCACAACCCAAAGCACCAUGGGUCUCAGCGAGGACCAGUCCACAAACCAAGGCACUGUGGGCCUCAGAGAGGACCAGUCCACAAUCCGUGGCACCAUGGGUCUCAGAGAGGACCACUCCACAAACCAAGGCACCGUGGGUCUCGGCCAAGGACAGUCAACAGAUACUCUCAGGCAGGAACAGUGGACCGACCUAGGAACCAUGGCUCUCCCUAUCCCUGUCCACACCGACCGCACCUACAUCUCCUCCACUAUGAGUCGAGCGGGAGAGAGGACCUUACUGUCUGUGAGCUCCAACAGCACCUCCAUGUACCCUAAGGACUCCACCUUGGGCCUCCCGACCAGCCGCUCCACUGGACCUGACCAUGGGCAUGACGCUACGUCUGGGUCUGACUCUCACCCCCACUCCAACACCAACUCUUCACAAGAGAGGCCUGGUGGUUUGUCCUCCAGAGGGACCAACCCGCUGACUGAACCCCCCAAUGUGACCCAACAGCAGGACCUCACCUCUCUGAUUUCGGAGGGAACCCCCUACUCCACCCCCCCUCUCAGCGUGGCUGAUAACCACAGCAGACAGGACACAGACACAACAGACUCCAGUCAGCCCUCCAGCGGCAGGACGUCCCAGACAGAAGAUGGGGUCCCUGAUUCUUCACAGCCCCCCUUCCUGUUUUCAGAAGGACCCAGCCAUCCCAGCACCAACACCUCUCAGGAAGGAGAUAGAGAUACUCCCUCCAUCAUGGUCACCGGGUCUGGCACUUCCACAGAGUCCUCCACAGGUGCCCUCAGCACCCAGGGGAGCCAGGGUGAGACAGAAGGAGUCACAUCACUCCACACAGAGGACACACCUACCAUCGUAGGUCUGGCUCUAACUACUGCUCACCCGACGCUACGAGAAAGUGCCACCGCUCUGGACGACUCCCUGUCCCGGUUCAUCUCAAGCCAGCCUCCCUUUGUCCCCAAGACAGAGCAGCCAUCGCCGGCGGUGACCACAGAGGUCCUGAUGUCCACCACAUCUGUUACCGUUAUGAUGACGUCACAGGUCACUGAGGAGGAGACCUACAGAUUUACUACGGCAACCAGCACCACACUGACACCCCCUCUGGUUACGACAAGGAUGGUUCAGCUUAGCACCACCUCCGUCGAAGCCCAGACUCAACCCACCACCAUCCCUACCACCAUUACCACUGAGACCACUCUGGGUCUCCAGACCUCGGCUUCAACCCCCCAGCGCCCAGCUACACUUCAGACCCAGACCCAGGAGCCCUCAACAGGGGUGAGCUUCACCGACGUCACCAGCUUCACCGAUGUAACCACCUUGCACCUGGAGACCAGCACGGCCACACCGGGGAACACCACGCCCCACAGCGGCCAGGACAUCACCACCACUACUACAGCCUCCUCUUCCUACAGCCACAGCACCACCACCAGGAGCACAGUGGAACUGCACACUACAGGGAAACACACUGACAGGGGGACCACUGAGGUAGAAGUGACCACAGCUCCAAUGGACAUCAGAUCUACACCUCAGACACCAGGUAGUGCCUGUGAGCCCAACCCCUGUCUGAACGGAGGUGGGUGUAGAGAGACCUAUGGAGGGAGGGAAUUCACCUGUUACUGUCUGUCAGCAUGGACAGGACCUAUCUGCAAUGAGGAUGUGGAUGAGUGUGAGAUUGGCCCCGGCCCCUCGGGCCCAUGUCCCAGUGACUCUACGUGUGUUAACACCAGGGGCUCCUUCAGCUGCGAGUGUCCCCUGGGCCUUGACAUUGAGAACGGACGAGACUGCACGCGAGCAAAAACUUUCUUGGGGACGUUCAGUGUCAACAACUCUCACUAUGACCCACUGCUCUCCAGGAGCGCCACACUGCAUGAGAUCCAGAGAGAGAUCAACCAGCUGCUCAAUGCCUCAUUAUCAAUUCUGCAUGGUUACCGGCGCUCUACUUUGAGUAAAAAAGGGGAAGACGGAGUUCAUAUCUCUGCUGUCAACAUGUUCUCCCUCUCUGCUGACGUGACCAGCUCUGAGGUCUAUGACAGCAUACAGAUGUCUCUGAACAAUUGUAACAGCACUGCUGGACACUGCAGAGUGGUGGUCACUCACCAGCUCUCCUAUCAAGUUGAGAGUCUGUGUCUGGCCCAGAAUACCCAGUGUCACCUAGAGCGUUCCUUCUGUGUCGACUCCAAUGGGACAGCCUACUGCCAUUGUCAACCAGGGUACUUCAAACUCAACCCUGAGGACCAGUCCUGCCUAGAAUGCGGUGAUGGUCUGAAACGGGUCAAUGGAACCUGUGUCAGGUGCACAUUUGGAUUUGGAGGAUUCAACUGUGGAAAUUUCUACAAGCUGAUAGCUGUGGUGGUAUCGCCAGUAGGGGGUGCCCUACUCCUUGUUCUCAUCAUCGCUCUCAUUGUCACCUGCUGCAAGAAAGACAAGAAUGACAUCAACAAGAUCAUUUUCAAAAGUGGCGAUUUUCAAAUGUCGCCGUACGCAGAGUUCCCAAAGAGUAACCGUGUUUCUAUGGAGUGGGGGAGAGAGGCCAUCGAGAUGCAGGAGAACGGUAGCACCAAGAACCUGCUACAAAUGACAGACAUCUACUACUCUCCUGCGUUACGUAACUCUGACCUAGAGCGUAACGGCCUCUACCCGUUCUCUGGCCUGCCAGGCUCCCGUCACUCCUGUAUCUAUCCCGCCCAAUGGAACCCUUCGUUCAUUAACGACGACUCACGACGUCGGGACUACUUCUGACGCCCGGCUACCCCGCCUCUGGCCCUGCCUAGCCAGCCAACUCCGCCUCUGGCCCUGCCUAGCCAGCCAACCCCACCUCUGGCCCUGCCUAGCCAGCCAACUCCGCCUCUGGCCCUGCCUAGCCAGUCAACCCCACCUCUGGCCCUGCCUAGCCAGCCAACUCCGCCUCUGGCCUUGCCUAGCCAGCCAACCCCACCUCUGGCCCUGCCUAGCCAGCCAACCCCGCCUCUGGCCCUGCCUAGCCAGCCAACCCCACCUCUGGCCCUGCCUAGCCAGCCAACUCCGCCUCUGGCCUUGCCUAGCCAGCCAACCCCACCUCUGGCCCUGCCUAGCCAGCCAACUGUACCUCUGGUCCUGCCUCACCAGCCAACUUUGCAUCUGGCCCUGCCUCGCCAGCCAACUUUGCCUCUGGCCCUGCCUCGCCAGCCAACUCCGCCUCUGGCCCUGCCUAGCCAGCCAACUCCGCCUCUUGCCCUGCCUCACCAGCCAACUCCGCCUCUUGCCCUGCCUAGCCAGCCAACUCCACCUCUGGCGCUGCCUCACCAGCCAACUCCACCAUUGCCAUAAGCCUAAUUUACACACCUUCUACUUCACUUCAACGUCCACACAAGGUCCGCAUUUGCGCACCUCCUUGGCAAAGUGUCCGAACGGACAGGAGUGGACAUUCGAUUUUGCAUAACUUUGUUUGAGUGGACCAAGUGGACAGCUCAGAAGUGGAAGGUGUAAAUUAGGCUUUAGCCUGGUCCCAGAUUUGUUUGUGCUCUUGCAUACUCCAUUGCUGUCCUUGUCAAGCCAAACAUGGCAAUGAGUGAUAAGGAGUUGGCAGGGUAGCAUAAACACACUGGCACGCAGGCUACCACUGCCUGGUCUCCAGUCAACCACAUCCAUGAUUAAGUGCACCAAAAACACUUCACACUGAUUUGAUCAGUGCAAAUUUGAUCAUAUGAUUUGAUCGUAUGUCAAAAGCAAUAAUAAAAGCAAUCCAUAAAUGAUAAAAGUUACGUUGUAUACCAUGUAUUCAUAAUGUGUGGAUGCAUGUCUGUUUGUUCUGCAAAGUGUGUGUGUGUCUGUGUGUAUGUGUGUGUGUCUGUCUGUGUGUGUGUGUGUGUGUGUGUGUGUGUGUGUGUGUGUGUGUGUGUGUGUGUGUGUGUGUGUGUGUGUGUGUGUGUGUGUGUACUGAAAAAGCAGGUUGAAAAGAGAAUGCUGCAAAAACUUGUUUUGUGUGUGUCAAGUAUUGUUACAUUGUGUAAAGAUAUUUAACGGCAUGACAGAUGGAAAAUCAAUGUACUGUAUUUGUCAGAAGAAGAAUCGAUGCACCAAAGUGGUUUCCUAUGACACAUUGAAUGAUGGUCAAGCUGCUGUCUGUCGAUCGGAACAGUACAACAGUUUUUGUAAUUUAUUGAAUGUAUUUCAACAGUUAAAAAUGUAUGAAGACAUUUUCAACAUGUUGCAUUGUCAGAGGGACUCAUACCCCACCCUGUUCUGUAGGGACAAACAUCUGAAGUUUGGAACACAAAAGGCUGUGUGUGCGUGUGCGUGUGUGUGAGUGGACGCGUGUGUGGAUGUGUGGAUGUGUUUAACUAUACUUGUGGGAACCCACAUUUGACUAACUGGGGAUAUUUUGUUGGUCCCAACAAGGUCAAAUGCUAUUUCAAGGGGGUUUAGGGUUAAGGUUAGAAUUAGUGUUAGGGUUAGAAUUAGGUUUAGGGUUAGGAUUAGGAGCUAAGGUUUAAGGUUUGAUUUUCAGAUUAGGGUUAAGAUUAGGGUACGGGUUAGGGAGAAUAGGAUUUUGAAUGGGACUGAAUUGUGUGUCCUCACAUGGUUCGUUGUACAAGACUGUGUGUAUGUGUGUGAAUCUUGGAUUAAUUCAGUUCAAUAAACAUGCUAAGUGUCAGCUCUCAUUUAUGGUUUGCAUAGAGAUGUACUAUAUUUGUAGAUAGAGUACCCUUUUAUAUCUUUGUUGUUUUCCUUCGAAUAUGAAUGGUCUAUUACCUCUGGCGUUUUAGUCAGACAUGCAUAUUUAAUAAAUAAAAUAACAUUCUGUACAA